ACUUCACACGGUCCCUUCUCCUGUAACAGCAGCCAUGAGGAGCCUCCAGGAGACGUGCGCCCUGCUGUCAGGCUGCCUGCUCCUCGCCGUCCUCUCCAGUCACGGAUUUAACCUGGAUGUGGAGCAGCCGGCGGUGUACACCGGGGCGGACGGCAGCUUGUUCGGCUACUCGGUGGACUUCUACCUCCCGGAUAACCACAGUGUUAGUAUCCUGAUUGGAGCUCCCAAGGCAAAUACAAUGCAACCACAGGUGGCUGACGGAGGUGCUGUGUAUUAUUGCCCCUGGAAAAGGAAUGUCAAUGACUGUACACCUAUCGAAUUUGACAAAGAAGGCAACCGCAGGCAUACCUUCUACUCUGCCGAUGGGAAUUCAACUCGUCAAGAACAGGUGGAAUAUAAAUCUGGACAAUGGUUCGGAGCAACUGUCCGCUCGCAUGACAAAUUUAUUCUGGCUUGUGCUCCUAGAUACAGCUGGAGAACACUAAAAGACGAAGUAUAUAGUGACAUGGUGGGAACAUGCUAUUUGUCUUUUGACAAUUUUACCAAUUUUGUGGAGUAUUCGCCUUGUCGUACAGAUCAUGUGUCUGAAGAAGGCCAGGGAUACUGCCAAGGUGGCUUUGCUGCUGAGUUUACAAAGAAUGGAAAAAUACUACUGGGUGGACCUGGAAGCUAUUACUGGCAAGGUCAGGUCUUCACUGCUACUCCAGGUGACAUUCAGAAAGACUUCUACGCUGAAUACUUUGUGCUAGAAAUCAAAGGACAAAUGCAGACCCGUCAGGUUUAUCAAACCUACGACGACAGUUACAUGGGUUAUUCUGUAGCAGUCGGAGAGUUCAGUGGAGAUAAUACUGAAGAUUAUGUGGCUGCAGUUCCCAAAGGAAAUGAUACUUAUGGAUAUGUUACCAUCCUGAAUGGAACUGAUUUAAAAUCACUUUAUAACUUCUCAGGAGAACAGAUGGCCACAUACUUUGGUUAUUCACUGGCUGCUGCCGAUUUCAACGGUGAUGGCCUGGAUGACCUUCUUAUUGGCGCACCAUUAUUCAUGGAGAAGACACAUGAUGGAAGAACUCAGGAAGUGGGCCGUGUCUAUGUCUAUCUGCAGGGUUAUAAUAUGUCUCGCAUCCCGUCCCUGGUCCUCACUGGGCAGCAGGAGUAUGGUCGGUUUGGUAGUUCCAUUGCCGUUUUAGGAGAUUUAGACCAAGACGGCUUCAAUGAUAUUGCAAUUGGUGCUCCCUUUGAUGGUGAAGAUAAAAAAGGAAUGGUGUUCAUCUUUAAUGGUAAUUCAAAGGGACUGAAUCCUAAACCAUCUCAAGUACUGGAAGGAUUGUGGGGCUCUUCUCUGACCCCUUCUUUCUUUGGGUUCUCCAUCAGAGGAGGAAAAGAUCUUGAUGGCAAUGGCUACCCAGACCUUAUAGUGGGUGCCUUUGGCGCUGAUAAAGUCUUGGUUUAUCGGGGACGUCCUAUUGUUCAUGCUAGUGCAUCUUUGUCCAUCUCAUCAGCAAUGAUUAACCCAGAAGAGAAGACCUGUGUAAUGGAGGGCACGGAUAUCCCUGUAUCUUGUGUAAACCUUAGUUUCUGUCUGAACGCUUCAGGAAAGCAUGUACCGAAUACGAUCGGGAUUAAUGUCGAGCUGCAGCUGGACUCUAUGAAGCAGAAAGGGGCCGUGAAAAGAAUGCUGUUCCUGAAAUCCGGCCUUCCCCACCUAACUCAAAGCGUACUUUUGCAUAACGGAGGCCAGGAACAAUGCAGUGAAAUGAAAAUUUACCUUAAGAACGAGUCUGAGUUUCGGGACAAGCUUUCUCCAAUUUUCAUCUCUCUGAACUUCUCCUUGGAUGCACAGGCUCCGACUGAUGCCCAUGGGCUGUUGCCAAUUUUUAAUUACCGGACUAAGAACCACAUAGAGCAGAAGGCGCAAAUUCAGCUGGACUGUGAUAAUAAUAUCUGCGUCCCUGACUUGAAACUGAAUGUGACCAGUGAUCGAAAAUCUGUGUAUCUCGGUGACGACAACUCAUUAGUGCUGCUAUUUAAUGCUGUAAAUGAUGGAGAAGGUGGUGCUUACGAGGCUGAACUCUAUGUCCUCUUGCCCCCAGAGGCAGAAUACAGUGGCAUUCUGAGAAACGAAAACCCCUCUGUUGUGAAUUGUCGCUAUGAGCUGCAGGAUGAAACCCGUUUUGCCAUAUGUGACCUUGGGAACCCUAUGAAACCUAUGACUAGUCUGUGGGGAGGCUUGAGGUUCACUGUGCCACAUCUUCGAGACACCAGUCAGAAAGUACAGUUUGACUGUCAGAUCCGCAGUAAAAAUGCAAAUAACUCUCAAAGUGAACUUGUGAAACUAACCAUCAAUGUAGAGGCGAAAACAUCUGUAUCGUUCUUCGGGGUUUCAAAACCGGACAUUGUAAUCUUUCCACUUGCAAACUGGAAGCCAAACAAACUGGUCACUCAAGUGGAAGACGCAGGUCCAGAGGUUAAUCACGUGUAUGAGCUGGCAAAUCUAGGGCCAAGCUCCAUCAGUCAUGGCGUCUUAACACUCAGCUGCCCGAUAGUCCAUAACCGAGAACAAGCGAUGUAUGUCAUGAACUAUUCUGUGCAUGGCUUGGUGAACUGUACCACAAGUCAGCCCAUCAACCCACUUAAAUUGCAGUAUUCCUCAAAUCCAACUGGUCAUCAUGUAGAACGGCGGGACACAUCCCGGGUUUCUGCUGGAGGAUCACAUCUUUUAAAAUGUACCCCUCACCAUUCAGACUGUUUACACCUUCGCUGUGAUGUCGGUCCACUGGAGAAGCAGCGACGAGCCAUACUUAAGGUUCACUUCCGAGUCUGGGCCAAGACCUUCAUACAGAAUGAGAACCAAGGCUUUGCGCUGCAGUGCGAUGCAGCAUAUCAAAUUCAUCGGCUGCCUUACAAAAUUCUACCUGAAUCAUAUCCUCAGGGAACACACCAGGUUAAUACAACCAUUCACUGGCUGAAACCAGAGAGUAGUUAUGGAGUUCCUCUGUGGAUCAUAAUAUUGGCCAUCUUAAUUGGUCUGCUGCUGCUUGCCUUACUUAUAUAUGUUUUGUAUAAGCUUGGGUUCUUCAAACGCUCCUUGCCCUAUGGAACCGCUAUGGAAAAAGCUGAACUUAAACCUCAGGCUGCCUCAGAGGCCUAGACUAAGCCUAUAGCCUCAUCCCUUGCACUGCCAAAAAAUCUUCGAAAGGGAAGGUGGAAGAACAAUCAUGGCUUUACUUUGAAGUUGACACUACAUUGGGAGGGAGGGAGACAAACACGGCCUAUUGAUUUCACAACUUCUGGUUGUUCUGAAAGGACCUGUUACUACAGGGACAAUAUGACCGAACCACUCAGGCUUCUACUGAAGGCGAACUAUUUAAGGUCAAUGGUGAGGACGUUUUUUUUCUAUUUAAGAUGAAACCAAAACGAUGGCUUCCCCCUUCAGCCCGUCCAAAACAAGAAUGUAGGUGGAAAACAUGCUGGUCCAUAUUGACCUUAACCACUGUUUUGGUGCUGGUUGUCACCUGACCAAUUUUUGGUUCACUUAUGAAGUUGCCUUUGGACAUUGUCACAAGCUGCCUCCCUCAGCAUUAAGUAUUACUUCUCUUCUCUGCUCAUAAGACUCUGAUUUCCAGAGAAAACUGAUUGUAUAAGCAAUGAUGGAAACCAAGGAACCAUUUCUUAAUUGGAUGGAAAAUAGUUUUAAUUGAUUGUUGAGCUGAAAAUUGUUUCUUAAAGGAAAGUUAACUUAUUGAGCGUUUAGCACAUGUGUGCUUUUAUGUGGAAUAUAUAGGAAAACAACGGGGAGAUUCUUCCUGUCACAUAGGCACAUUGAGGAUUACAUGAUGUGUACCCCAAAAUCUGACAGUCUAUGGGAGUGGUGAAUGCAAGUGUGACUAUAUUUUGCAAUUGUGUGCUAUAUAGCUAGUUUUCUACUAAAUGAUGAUGGAUUAAGGCCACAAUCUCAAGGUUCAUAAGCAACAUCUCUACACAAUUACUGGUGCAUAUACAGUUAGUGUUCCAUCAGAAAUAUCUUGUUAAAUGAAUGACAUGCCCAUAAGACUGGGACAUUGCAUUCUGUCUGUCUGUAUUUACAAGGUGACCCUUCUCUGAUGGUGUUGAAGAAUCUCGUUUAUUGGUUGGGAAUGCUCAGUAAAUACAUGUAAGCUGUAUAGCUACGAGACUGAAGGAGUUUGAAGAACCAGUAACUACAACUUUGGGCUGAUGUAAGUGAGGUAAAGAUUUGGUUAGAGGACCAUGCAGUCAGUAUUUAAUACUAAAAAUAUAUUUUGUGUUAAGACUCCCAAAGAAUUGAGAUGAAUAUCCGAAGAUUUCUUACCAAAAAUACAAGUGCCUUCUAAGUAUAUUGCAGCAGGUUCUCCAUAUACCUGACUGAGCACUGAUCCUGCUAUCUUUUGUAAAAGACUCAUGACCACUGCAUUGCUCAAGAACAGUCAGUUGUGCAUCCUGGUGCUUUUUCUGUGUUGCUUGGUUUCUAUACCAUGUAGUGUUAAACACAUGGACACAAGGGCUUUGCCGCUAUUUAAAAGAUGUUGCAAGUGCAAUAAAUGUGUGUUUAGCUAUUUUAUUAAAUAUUUUUUUACUAUGUAAUGCAUAUGAAGUGGAAUAUGGGGUUGGCUAUUCUGAGUAUGUAAUGAUUGAUUUAGGUUUUUUUUAACCUCCGAACCACUUUUGUGGCAGAAUUUGCACAUUACCUGUGAUGACAAAUCUGGGUGUUUUUUUUGUUUUGUUUUUAUUAGCGAUUUUUGAGGCACUGGAGGAGCUGGGUUUGCCACUGGCAGCUGGC